CUCUUUGCUGGCUGUCUUUAGUGGUCUUUGGCUACCGUCAGUCAACGAUACAAUCAAUGAUAACCUCAAUGCACGUAUUAAUCCGUGGGAAUGAAAUCUCACGACACGAUAACUGAUGAGUACUAAUAGAAUCUAAAGAUGAAUUAUCUUUUUAUUAUUUCUACGGCUAGUUGCGUUUUGGAACUCGUUAUUCCAGCAAUAGCUAAAUUUCUCACAGAUUGUAUAACUAAAGAAGCUGAAUCAGAUCGACCGCUACACAGAGAUUUAAUUGAGCUCAAUCGUCAAAUGGAACAAAUUUCAAUGGUUGAUGAAUUUGCCAAGUAUGCAAGGCUUCAGCGUCAGUGUAAUAAGUUGGAAGCCAAAUUAUCCACCAGAGUCCAGGCAUUGACGAUGUCGAGAAUGAAGCUGAGACUAUUUAUUACAUACACCAUAAGAAUAUUGAAUGGUAUCAUUGUUGCAAUUUUGUUGUACCUUUACCGCUUGGAACCUAUUGCUGUUCUACCAAAAGAUGCAUUAUGGCCCCUACAAAAUAUCCUCAGUUGGCCGUGCCCCCUUGAAAAUUCUGUUUCAUUAACAAUGUGGUUAGUGAUAUCAAGACUGGCAAUUUCAAGCUUAAAAUAGUUCCAGAUUACACAAAUUGUACCGGAGUUGGAUCAUAAAAUGUAAUCUUUGUUACAAAUAUUACCACCGACUACGUUACCUUAUCCAAUAUUACAUAGCAUAAUACUGUGACUACUGUGGUCAUUUCUAUGCAUUUUUCAUAUACAUCUAUCUUUUUGAAAUAAAGAAGUUAUUCUGUA